AUGUCGACCAUUACCCUUGGCCGCUACCUUUGGGAGAGGCUUCACCAAGUUGGCGUUAAUACCAUUCUCGGAGUCCCGGGAGAUUUCAACCUCCAGUUUCUCGACUACAUUUACGAAGUCGAAGGUCUAAGAUGGGUCGGAAAUGCGAAUGAGCUUAACGCCGCUUACGCUGCCGAUGGCUACGGCCGUGUCAAGGGCGUUCCCGGUGUUGUUGUCACCACUCACGGUGUUGGCGAACUCAGCGCCCUCAAUGGUAUCGCCGGCGCCUACAGCGAGCAGGUCAAGGUGAUCCAUGUCGUUGGACAGACUACGAGGCACAUGCAGAAGAACCGGAUGUUGAUACACCAUGCCAUCAGCAACGAUCCCGAUCACAAGGUCUACAGCAAGAUGUCCAAGCUAGCCCGAGUCGCUGAAGCAGAACUCGACGACAUCAACACCGCCCCCGCAGAAAUAGACCGCGUCAUCCGCGAAUGCUUCAUCCACUCGCGCCCCGUCUACAUCUUCCUCCCCCUCGACCUCUCCCAAGAAACCCUCCCCGCCACCCUUCUCUCCACCCCCCUCGACCUCUCCCUCCCCAUCACCCCCUCCACCCAAACCGCCGCCGCCUCCGCCAUCCUCGCCGCCCUCCGCGCGGCCACCAACCCCGCCAUCUUCAUCGACUGCCUCACGCAGCGCCACGGCGCCGUCGCCGAGGCGCGCGCCCUCGUCUCCGCGCUGCGCCUGCCCGUCUACGCGUCGAACAUGGGCAAGAGCAUCGUCGACGAGUGCGGCGAGUACUACGUCGGCACGCUGAACGGGAAGCUCGGCGCGCCGGGGGUAGCGGAGGCGCUAAGCGCCGCGGACGUGGUGUUGGUGCUGGGAGACUUGCCGGCGGAUACGAAUACGGGGGCGUUUACGCGGCCGAUUGAUAUGGCGAAGGCGGUUGUCGUCAACCCGUUUGAUGUCGUGGUGCAGGGGGGGAAGGAGAAGUUCGAGGGGACGUUUAUUAAGCCGCUUUUGGCGGAGCUGGUGGAGAGGGUGAAGAAGGGCGGGGAGCAGUGGCCGGAGGGGAAGCAGGUGGCGAUGCCAAAACUGCCGAAACUGGAGGAUUGCCCGGAGCACCCGGCGCAUCCGAAUAACUGUCGGUAUAAGAAGUUUCCGGAGCAGACUAUUACGCAGGAGUGGUUGUGGCCGACGGUUGCGGGGAGCUUUUUGAGGGAGGGCGAUGUGGUGAUUCCGGAUACGGGGACUAGCACGUUUGGGUUGAGCGAUGCGAAGUUCCCGGUGUCGAAUGUGCGCUUCGUCGCCCAAACCUACUACGGCUCCAUCGGCUGGUCCGUCCCCGCGGCGCUGGGCUCAGAACUCGCACUCGAAGAGAUCGCCGCCGCAAAGGAGCGCGAAGGCUCUCCGGAAGCGCGGUUCGCGCGCGGCCGCACGCUGCUGUUCGUCGGCGACGGCAGCUUCGGGCUGACGAUGCAGGAGGUCGGCACCAUGGUGCAGCAGGGCACGCGGCCCAUCAUCUUCCUCAUCAACAACAAGGGCUACGCCAUCGAGCGCAUCAUCCACGGCGCGAACUACUCAUACAAUGACAUCAACAACCUCUCCUACCAGCACCUGCUGCCGCUCUUCCAGCACCCCAGCCCGCACACGUGCUACCGUCGCUGCGCGUCCAAGACCGAGCUCGUCGCCGCGCUGGCUGACCCCGAGCUGCGUGAUCCGACGCAGGUGCAGGUCGUUGAGAUCGUCAUGGAUCGCCUCGAUGUGCCGUGGCGGUUGAUGGAGAUCAUCCGGUCGCGUGAGGGCAAGACCGAGGAGUUGAGGGCGGAGGGAUUCUUUGGCUGA